CCUUAAAGCUCCGGUUUGCAGUGCACACAUGCAGGUGGGUUGACAUAGUUACCAUACCUGACUGUCACACACAGCUGGAGCGGGUGUUUGGAGGCUGCAGAGCCAGCAGGUGGUACUAUACUGCCGGCUGUUGAAUGCGAACAGCCGGCCGGAUGAAGAGCCAAAAACUGAAGGGGAGAACAGAGAGGUCUGGCCGUACAGGAUAAGCAGUGAAAGAGGAGGAAACAGAGAGGUCCCGUGUUCUGUGGCAGGACGAAGAUGGACUCGGAGCAGCCCGCGGUCACUUCAGUCAUCGCGGUCCGCAGCAGCUCUGCUCUCCCCGGCUUCUGACUCUGCGGGCUGCUCGGAGCUGCUCGGGGCAGGACGGUGCCACUUGGCGGGCUGCAGCAGGCGGAGUGCAGCGCCUUGCGGUGAAACCUCCCCCCCUGGAGAAUAAAGCAUCUGGUAGCUGUGACUGAAAGGAAGAGGAGACCAAGUGGGACAGCAGCAGCAGUUUCAGGACGCAAAAUAUUGUUAGAUAACAGACUCGACGAGGUUUUACACCGAAAUGGGCCUUUUCUUUUACAGAAAAGAAGUCUCGGUGAUCUUCUAAGAUGUUUCCUCACCACAGAGAAAGGGAGCAGCCGAUCUUCAGCGCCCGGGCCCAUGUUUUCCAAAUCGACCCCACCACCAAGAGGAACUGGAUACCGGCCAGCAAGCAUGCUGUCACAGUGUCCUUCUUCUACGAUGCUACCCGCAACGUGUAUCGCAUCAUUAGUGUGGGCGGGACAAAGGCAAUUAUCAACUGCACUGUUACGCCCAGCAUGACAUUUACUAAGACGUCUCAGAAGUUUGGUCAGUGGGCUGACAGCCGCGCCAACACGGUCUACGGUCUGGGUUUUGCCACAGAGCAGCAACUGCAUCAGUUUGCAGAGAAGUUUAAGGAGGUGAAAGAUGCAGCUCGUCUGGCGCGAGAAAAGUCACAGGACAAAGAACUGGCCAACACUGCGCUCACCAUCGCUGCUCCUCAGUUCUCACAGGACCUCUCGGAUGAACUCCAGUCUCCACCGGUGAUGUGCGUGAAUGGACCGGAGGACAAGCUGUUUCGCAGCCAGAGCGCAGACAUCACCCUGUCUUCUGAGAAGGAGCGCAUUAAAAAGAUGCUCUCUGAGGGGUCUAUUUGUGAGAUGAACCUGGAAGCUGAGCUCUUCACUUUACAGGACAGCAACUCUAAGCUGGUGGCAGCUUUGCAUGAAGCGAAUGCUAACGUGGAGCAGUGGAAGAAACAGCUGACAGCAUAUCAGGAGGAGACCGAAAGACUCAGAGACCAGGUGGCUGACCUUGAAGCCCACGGUGGCCAAGGCCCCAGUGAUCUGUUGAAGGAUGAGCUGACCCAGUCCCUGGAGGAGCUGGAGGCCCUACUGAAGGCCAAAGAUGAGGAAAUUCACAUUUUGCAAAGCAAAAAAGCAGAGUACCACGAAAUGGAGCAUCAGCGUGACGAGGCCAUCCACAGAUUACGGGAGAUGGAGAUGCGAAACUCGGAGCUGGAGCGUCGCAUCCAGAACACGGAGCAGAACCUGAGUAACUCUCUGGAGGACCGGGAUCGCUUGGAUACUGAGAUCCAGAGGGCCAUAGAAAUUCUGGACAUCAAGAUCUUUGACCUUAACGACCUCCGCCAGAGCCUUGUUAAACUUAUUGACAAAUAGUAAGGGUGGGUGAAACAUGGCAGAGUGCAACCUGUGAGAGAAAUGGAAGAGAGGACAGGGGUCCCGGCAGGAAUCGGUAAACAAAAUAAGAAGGAGCUGGUCCCGGUCCUCUUCAAGCACAAAACCCACCUCGGCUGCAGGAAGGUCUGUGUCACAGCAGUGACGGCAACAUCGCGCAGGCGCUGACUCUGAGCAGCAGCAUAUAUACGGUAGAGCUUGUCCCAACUUAACGUAACGCUUCAUGUUGCUUUCGAGGGUAACACUCAGUGCAAUAAACCAACUUAUAAGGUAAGUGCUUAACAAUGCUAGUCAUUUAGGAUUUAGAACUGGUGCUUCUGGUCUUUCAUAAGGAUCACCUUUGUACCCAAAAUCACAAUGCAGUGUCAAUAUGAACGAUAAGAGGCCUUGUUUUUCAUCUUUACAACAAAAUGAGUCCAUGCUUAAACACAAAGGAACUGAAAAGUGAAUGCACGAGACAAAAAAAAAAAAAGAGUUUAGCUUAUUUAAGAGCCCGCAUACGCCAUAUUUAUUACUGGGUUAACAGUUCACACAGGUAUUGUAGUUACCCAUACGUAAUCUAGCAGCUAUAUUGUGUAAUGUGAAGGACCAGUGUUAGUUUUUCAACAGGAAUAUUCAAGGAUAGUGAAGGCGUGUGCUCGUAGUUGUCGAUAAUAUGGUUAAUCUAGGACAUGCAACUUGAAUAGCAACAGCAUCUAAACAUUGACACCAAAGAUCAAAUGUUAAGAGCAGAGGGGGGAAAAAGUUUUCCGUGGCUCAUCUUUUAUCACAUUUCAUUUCUUGCAUUAGGAAACUUUUGAUUCCUCAGUAAGCUACUUAAGUACAUGGUAGUAAAUAGGAAAUAUUAAGCAAUUAAAGUUAGCAUAACAAUGGUUUUCCAAAUGAUAUAAAUCAAUAAGCUACACUUAAGAAGUAACCAUAGGAAAUUAAAAUGCAUCACUUAGUCUUACAGGUAAAUAUAAGUGACUUUUGAGCUUGUCCAGUCUGAAUGAUAUGCUGUGCAUCAUCUACUAAUAAAGCACUAACUUAGUAACUUAUUUACAAUAGCUCCGCAUCAUAAUGAACACGUUUCUCUCAUCGGUGUGAUGCAUCUGAAGAAAUGUAAGAUGUUUUCUGCCUUCUGUUACUUUUGAGCACAUUACCUUUAGCUGUGGACCGUAUGCCAUAGGCCUUGAGAUUGUGGCCGUGCUGUAUGAAUAAUUAAAUAUGUACAAAAAAGAAAAACUGAAUGUCUACUUCAGAGUCUUUUCAUCACACAGACUGUAUCGUAUGACAUUUUUUAAGCCUUACUGUACGGAGGAUGAAUGUGAACAGUGAUGUCGGCUCUCUGAGCCGCGUCAUGGUGGUUUGAAAAUAAAA